UACCUAUAACUUACUAUAGCCACUCAGUCUGUAGAAAACCAGUUGUUGAAACAUUCAUAUAAAAUCGUAGAAAUCCGCCAAUAUCCUCAGUUAAUCAUGUAUCUUAUACGGGUACUACUCGUAACGGUACUUUCAAUCUUGUGUACUUUCGGUACUAUCAACGCGAAAGUGUACGAUAGGUGUGAUCUCGCGAGAGACCUUCAAUAUGUUUACGAAUUUCCUAAAGAAGAUAUAUCUACAUGGGUGUGUAUAGUGCAACAUGAAUCUCAGUUUAACACAUCAGCAAUGAACCGCGGUUCUGGAGAUCAUGGCUUAUUUCAGAUUUCUGAGCUGUUUUGGUGCUCAGUCGAUAAUGUAGGUUUCGCCUGUAAUGCCAACUGUGCUUCCUUCAGGGACGACGAUAUCAGCGACGACGUUAAAUGUGUCAAGAAAAUCUUCAAGGAACAUUCCAAAAUAUCUGGAAACGGUUUCAAUGCUUGGACUGUCUAUGGCUAUUACUGUAAAAGAGACACUAACAAAUAUUUAGACGGUUGUCGAGAAACUGAAAUAGAUACAAUAGGAAACAUCUUACCCGAAGACACUUUAGAGUUAGAUGAAGACGGGUACCAUUUUCCUGCACUUCCAGUCAUUCCUAAAAUAUACAACCGCUGUGAGCUAGCUAAGGAACUAAAAGAUGUUCAUCGAGUACCAAUGGAAGAGUUGUCUACGUGGGUAUGUAUAGCACAACAUGAAUCUAGUUUUAACACUUCGGCGAACAAUAAAGGAACUGGUGAUCAUGGUAUCUUCCAAAUUUCAGAGCUCUAUUGGUGCUCUAAGUUUCGUAAAGCAGGAGGUUGUGACGCUAAAUGUUCUCAGUUUACAGAUACUGAUAUAACAGAUGAUAUUAGUUGUGCUAGAACGAUAUUUGAUGAACACAAAGCUAUAUCUGGUGAUGGUUUUACUGCUUGGAGCAUCUAUCCACAAUACUGCAAAGGAGAUACAAGGAAAUAUAUUGGAGGAUGUCCAGGAGUUGAUGAAACACUUACAAUACACAAACAGAGCAAGUCGAUUGAUAUUUUCAAACCAACAAUCAAUUCAAAAAUUUAUAACAGAUGUGAAUUAGCAAGAGAAUUGAAGUAUACACAUAAUAUUCCUGAGGAACAAAUAUCCAAAUGGGUAUGCAUAGCAGAACGAGAAUCCAACUUGAAUACUUCUGCCCUAGGUAGUGGAGAUCAUGGUAUUUUUCAAAUAUCUGAACAGUAUUGGUGCUCUCCAUAUGGAAGAGGUUCUGGAUGUAAUGCAUUUUGUGGUGAUUUUAGAGACCAUGACCUCACCGAUGAUGUUGCUUGUAUUAAGAUUAUAUUUAACGAACACGUAGGAAUUUCUGGAGAUGGCUUUAACGCAUGGGCUGUUUAUCCUUUGUAUUGUAAAGGAGAUACUUCAUUUUACACAUCAAACUGUUUUGAAGGAGAUGAUAAUUCUGUUAUACAGUCCAAACAACAAUUUUUAUAUCCUUCUUCUCAAAAAAUUCCUUCAAACAAUAAUAUUUUACCAAAUGUGCAAUCCAGAUAUAAUUCAAAAAUUCCUAAACAACCACAAUUUACUGAUUUUAAAACAAAUUUUGGAAACGGGGUAUCAAAUUACAUAAAUCCAUCUACUAAAGUAGAAAGAAACCACUAUUCCAGUACCAAUAACAAUAAGAGAUUAUACGAUUACACUUUUUCUUCAUUUGCAAAACCAAAUACAUUUGAUGACUUAAUCUCCAGUGGAAGUAGUAUAUCAGGAUUGGUUUCCACUACUAAUGACAUCACAAAAUCUCCCAAUAAGUUAAACGAAUCUUUAACGUUAAAAUCAACAGAAGAUAAACCCAUUUUAAAACUAGAAACUGAUUCUAAAGAUUUAUCAAAUGAGACAGAAGCUCCUACGAACACAUUAGGUUUAUACAGUUUGGUUAAGCAAUCAUCAUUGUCUGAUCUUUCAAACGAUUUCAUUAGUAAUAAGCCAAAUUCACGACCAAGAGCAAGGCAAAUGAAUACAAGACCUAGAUCAUCUAUGCCACGUGUACCACUGGAUCCUUAUACAGGCCAACCUUUCGAGAGACAAAGACCUCACCGUCCACCAGGUCCACCAAGACCUCCAGGACCACCAAGACCUCCAGGAUCCCAACGACCAGCAAUGCCAGGUCCAUCAAGACCGCAAGGACCUGGUAGACCUCAAGCACCUUCAAGACCUCCACGGCCUCCACCAUCCCGACCUUCCGGUUCGCGACCAAGACCUCCCCCCACGACGUUAAGACCUUUCAGCUGGAACAAUUUGCCCGGUGUGAUAUUUACUUUGUGGCCUAGUUCGACUACAGGACCAGUGUCUACUUCGGUGUAUUCUACAACCCCUAAACCGUUGUAUUCUACGGAAGCGACAAAAGUAACUGAAGCUACAACAUCAGACAAAAUAUUUGGUAUUAUUACUGAUUCCAGUAUACCAACUGUUCGUGCAGUAAAGAGGGAACAAAAGUUAGGAACUAUUAACUUUCCUGGAUACAUAUAUUCUAAAACUCCUUAUGGAUUUAAACUAAAUCAAAAUAAAUAAAUUGUAGUAUUCGUUAAGUAGUUAUUUAAAAACUGAAAAGAC